AUGGUUCGUCUUUCAUGUGGAGUCCAAUGUACACGUAUAACAUUAUUUGUAUUGAAUAUUAUAUUUCUAAUACUUGGUUUUUCAAUAUUGGGUUUGGGUAUUUAUAUUAAAGUCAAUGGAAAUUUUAGUGCAAUUACAGCUGCUUAUAGUAUAACACAAGCACUUGGAGGUGCAACUAUGCAAUGGAUAGGAACAAUCAUGAUUAUUGUUGGUGUAUUUACAUCUUGUUUAGCAUCAUUUGGCUGUUUAGGUGCAAUAUGUCAAAAUCGACUUUUUCUAUAUGUAUAUGCUGUUAUACUAAGUCUUAUUAUUUUACUUGAAUUUGCUGCUGUUAUUAUAGUAUUAAGAUUUCGUAAUGAUUUAUGGCAAACUUAUGAUUCUGGUUUUAGAGAAAUAUUUGAAAAAGCUUAUCGUUAUAAUGAAAUUGAAAUGAUUAAAAUUAUUGAACAAUUAGAACGAGAAUUUAAAUGUUGUGGAGUUAAUAGUUAUACAGAUUAUAUUCAAUCUGGUUAUAAUAUUCCUCGUUCUUGUUAUCCAAAUCAAUUACCAAAAGAAAAUCCAUUUAAUCAAGGUUGUGCUGAGACAGUUGUUCUUUGGGCAUGGAAUAAAUUACCAAUUAUUGCUGUAGUAUUAGGUAUUAUUUUAUUUAUUGAAAUUCUUGGUCUUAUCUCAUCACUUGUACUCGGUGUAGCAAUUUCUCAUGCAUCAAAUAAUAAUAUUUACUAUAAAUUUUAA